AUGGCUUUGAUAAUCGAGUUAAGAUGGCUGGAAGUGUAACCAGGAAGCCGUUGUUCCCAUAAAUUUUGUUGCGUUUCAGAAACGCCGCCGUCCCACGCGUUCUCAAUCCAAACUCCAUCAAAGACGCGUUGCUUCGAUGGGUCCAAAACCGCGUGGCUGGAUACCCUGUUCGUUCUUUAUGUCUUAUCAAAAGAAGGCCAGGCGUACAACAAAAAAAUUAAGCGUUAAAAAAAUCGAAUUGAUUUUUCUUGUUUUUAUUGAAAAAGAAUACUAGUGAAAAACAGAAAAUUUUGAUUCGAAAAAGAUAAAAAAAAUUUUUGAUACUUCAAGACAUCGUUUUUUUCCUAGCGUGUUUGAAAAAAAGUUUAAAAUUCCUAUUAAAAAUCUCAAAAUCUCAACGACGGUUUAGACAUAGAGCCAUUUAUAGUGUUUUUGUUCGGUUCAUGUGAAUUCACUGCACCUUUAAAAAUUCCAGAAAACAUUUUUUAAAAGACAGAAGCUUUUUCGAGUUUUCUUUUCAUUUUUUGCAAUGUUUAUUCUCAUUUCGAAGCGUGAAAACUGAGACGAAAAGAUAUUAUUCUCACGGAUUUCGACGUUUUUUGGUUCAGAACGUCAACGUGACGAAUUUCUCGUCGUCGUGGGCCGACGGCAUGGCUUUCUGUGCCUUGAUACAUCGUUUCGCGCCCCACGCCUUCGAUUUCGAGAAGCUCAAUCCCGUCAAUCGGAGGCAGAACUUUGAACUCGCCUUCAACGUCUCCGAGUGAGUGCGAUUUUGAAAUAAAUACAAUUUACUUUUUCGAAUCGAAAGCAGCAUAGUUCUUAGAAAAAUAGAUCAGAUGAUAUUUUAGUUUCUUCAAGAGAUUAUUUUAGUUCACGUGGGUCGCAAAGAGAAAAACUUGCUCUGCAGCUUUUUACUCAUUUUUCCAAUCAUUAGUUUUAAGUAUGCGGGUUCGCAGCAGUUGUAAAGUUAAGGUACAAUUUUUUUAAAAAGUAUUUCACAAAAUCAAAAAAAUUUUUCCAUGAAUUUUUUUACAAGGUUCAUAUACGCAGUGAAACGAGAAUACUUAGCAAGAAGCGUAAAAAUCUUGCACUGUUCAAUCAUAUCCAAAAAAAAGGUAUUUUUCGUGAGUUAGUCGUACGCAGAAAGUUUUCGAUUUCUCAAUGAAAAGCUUCGGAUAGAGAACGUUAAAAAACAUCUAUUAUAUAAGAAACAUUAUCAAAAAUCUUUAUUUACGAAAUUAUGGAAAAUCAAAAAAAAAAGGUUUGUAUUUCAUGUGUCUAAGUAAGACUACACGCUUGUUCGGCAGGUUCAUUUUCAUAAUUACUUUGAUCAUUGAACUGAUUCUCAGAUCGUAAGUGUGAAUGAAUUCAGAGUAUGAAGUUCGUCUAAAUGGUUUUGUCAACUGAAACCAAUGAGAAGCUAUGUCUUUACACGCGAAUUGCAGGCAAAACGGCAUUUUCCCCUUACUAGAGGUCGACGACAUGAUAAUGAUGGGCGACCGGCCAGACUGGAAGUGUGUCUUCACCUACGUCCAGUCCUUCUACAAGCAGUUCCGUGACCGACCCUAA